AUGGCAAAUAAUUCAUUCUAUGAUGUAAAUAAGUACUUACUUAUCAAAUUGGAAAAUAUAAAAGUUGAAAAAGAAGACAACACAGAAUUAAUAGAUGUUAAAGAAGAAAUAUUAAAUGAAAAUGUUAUGGUUAUGCUAGAAAAGGGAAUUAAAAACGAAAUUCUAGAAGACAGUAUUACAUUUGAACAUGGACGAAUUAAAAAUGAAAUAUUAGAAGGUAGCAAUGCCAGUAUGGAACGUGGAAUAAUUAAUGUCAAGGAAGAAAGUUCGUCUACAAUUAAUUAUGAAAACGAAUUGCAUACAGAAUUUAUUAUAAAAGACGAAAUAUUAGAUGUAAAUGUUUUAGAAACAUUAAACAGACAAGGCCAAAAAACGCAGAUUCAUACACCAUUUUCAUUAGAUUUUGAAGAAACAUUUAAUAAAUCAGAUAGUUCAAUUCAAGAUGAGCCGACUAAUACUGAAGAGAAUUCAUUUUCUAGUAAUGUUACCAGAAAAAAAUUAAAUCGCAGUGAAGGAACGCCAUCAUUUACAUGUGAUAUUUGUCAUAAAACAUUUACCAGACGAACAAAUGUACUUAGACAUAAACUCAAUAUACACAGCGAAGUAAAACCAUCUUGGGGAUGUGAUUCGUGUAAUAAAACAUUUAGGAAUCGAUUUUAUUUAACUGCACAUAAACGUGCUAUGCACAGCGAAGUAAAACCAUUUACUUGUGAAAUUUGUAAUAAAGCAUUUAUUAUGGCAACUCACCUAGAGCUCCACAAACGAAUUCAUUCAGGAGAGAAACCAUUCGUAUGUAAAAUUUGUGAGAAAUCAUUUCGAUGGAAAGGUAGUUAUAAAGAACAUGUACAAUAUCACGAAAAUCCAUUUGCUUGUGAAAUUUGUGAUAGAAUAUUUAAACAGAAAGAUUCGUUGACGCAACAUAUACAGAAGAUACAUAGUGAAGAAUUGUCCUGUGAUAUUUGUGACAAAACAUUUACAAUGAAGUUUUUUUUGGAUUGUCAUAAACGAGAUUGUCAUAACGAAACGAUAUUUACAUGUGAUCCGUGUAAAAGAUCAUUUGGAUGCAAAAGUGGUUUAAAUUCGCAUAAUCACCGACGGCACAAAGAUAGAAAACUAAACGAGAAAAAAAAACCUUUUCCUUGUAAAGAUUUGAUAUGUAUUUUCAUUGAUGGCAACGCCGUUUCAUGA